AGUUGAAACACUCCAUUUAGGGAGAAAUAUUUGAGUGAAUUAUAUCCCAUCAUUUAUACAAAAUGAAAAAUCAUUGAGUGAAUUAUAUCCCAUCAUUUAUACAAAAUGAAAAAUCAUUGUUUGUGGGAUCCAAAAACUUCCCCCACCCACAUUUUUUUCCUAUAAAAACCACAACACCUUCACCAAAUUACUUCACAAAAUCCCAAAUAGAAAGAACAAAAAAGAUGGGGAUGAAGCUCUCCGCCAUUUCCCUUUUCCUCUUCCUCUUCUUCAACCUCUCUUCUCUUCUGAACACUCUCGCUUGUGAUUGUGACAAAUCCCCAUCUAACCCUCCUUCCCCUAAACCCAAACAUCCGCCCCACCACAAACCGCCCCAUUACCCCCCUAAACCCCCCAAGUCUCCGCCUUACAAACCCCCAAAAUCUCCAAAAUCCCCUCCUCCCUACAAACCCCCCACUGUCAAACCACCUCCCCCGUACAUCCCAAAACCACCCACCGUAAAACCACCUCCUCCCUACGUCCCCAAACCCCCCACCGUCAAACCCCCUCCCCCUUACGUCCAACCCCCCGUUGCUAAACCCCCACCGCCGCCGUCCCCUCCGCCUCCAGUCGUAUACCCAUCACCGCCUCCCCCUCCUCCAGUGUAUGUUCCCGUGCCGCCUAGUCCACCAUUAAAGCCAGCGCCAGUUGUUCCAUCGCCAUCGACGCCAUGUCCUCCGCCGCCGCCGAAACCGGAGACAUGCCCCAUUGACACGCUGAAGUUGGGAGCGUGUGUGGACUUGUUGGGUGGGUUGAUCCAUAUCGGAAUUGGUGACCGUACGAAACAAACUUGUUGCCCUGUUCUUGAAGGACUAGUGGACUUGGAUGCGGCAGUUUGUUUGUGUACCACCAUUAAAGCUAAGCUUCUUAAUAUUAACCUUAUCAUUCCCAUUGCCCUUCAAGUCCUUAUCGAUUGUGGGAAACACCCUCCCUCUGGUUUCCAAUGCCCUAAUUACUAAACUCACUCCACUCAUCCCUUUCAGGAGUCACGGGCGCAGCUGUAGCUAUUUAUUACAUAUAGUAAAAUAAUAAUGAUAUUAUUAUUCGAAAUUGGGAAGUGAGAAGCAAAAGACAAGACUGCUUUUUCUUCUUCUUCUUUUCUGAACGUGAAAUGUUUGUUAUUUUUGUUGUUAUUUUUGAGUUUGAGUUCGAGUUCGAGUUCGUGUAGUGUUUUAAUACCAAAUCUAUGUACUGUGCCAUUAAAUGUGACUAUUAAUGAAUCUUCUUUAAUCAUUUAA